GAGUAUGAACUCAAAAAAGAAGCGCCAUUUAAAUCUUUCACGAGAAAAAACGACGUCUACAUCAACGUUAAAACGAACAUGAAGGCCCAGUUCAAUCGUUGUAAAAGUUUACUGGAAAAACACGACGAAAUACAUCUACAUGGUUUAGGUAUAGCCGUGGAAAAGGCCGUCAGUUUGGCCCUAGAGUUAGAGCAGGAAUGCUCCCCCGUUUUGAAGUUAUCAGCGACUACAGAUACAAUGAAUGUAGUGGACGACAUGCAGUGCCUCAAUGAUGAAACUAAAAGCGAAAAAUUAAACAGGAAUGUUUCCGUUAUUCACAUUAAAAUAUUU